AUGUCAUCGUCCGGAAGGAAGAAGUCGAAAGAGAAGGAGGCGCAUGGAGCAUCUUCCAAGUCCAAAUCUAAAUCAAAGUCCGGCUCAAAGCCCGAGGAACAGAAGGCUCCCAAGAAGUUGGUUAAAUUUCCGUAUCGUAAACCUGAGGUAAUCUUAAACUUAAAGAUGGUGAACUUCCGUACCUUUCAAAAUUUUUGAUAUUUUCUUUAGCUGCCGAUUAUGUCCUAUGAAAGCGCAAUGGAGUUGAUUCAGCAAUGCAAGGCGAUCUUUGAGGCUGAAAACAGUUUGUUGGAGAUCAAAUCCCCUGUGAUUAUUGUGGGGGACAUCCACGGACAAUACGAUGAUCUGGAGAGGAUCCUGACCCUCAGCCGAGACAAGGAUAGCGCCGCUUUCGGGAUCAACAGGUUCCUUUUCUUAGGAGAUUACGUGGACCGAGGUCCGAACUCGUACAAUUGCAUCAACUUGUUGCUUCAGUUGAAAUGCCGUCAUCCAAAACAGGUGAUUUUGGAUACUCUUUAUCAAAUUUAUUCCAGAUCGGCAUGCUUCGAGGUAAUCACGAGACCGAGAACAUCAAUGGUUGUUAUGGAUUUUUGCAAGAGUUGAAGACCAAUUUUCCACAAAGAAACGAAGGGAUCAAUCUGUGGAGGGCCUACAAUGAUAUGUUCGCUUAUCUCCCAUUGGCUGCAUUGGUCCGUAAACGUGUUCUAUGUAUGCAUGGAGGGAUCUCAGAGGAUUUGAAGAGUCUGGAUGACAUCAGAAGAGUUAGAGAUUAAACUGUUUUUGUAUUAUAUAUUUUUACUGGUCACUAAUGUCAUCAUGGUUUAGAUCAAGAGACCGAUUGUUGAUGUGAUGACCCAUCAGUUGGCUGGCGAUCUUCUAUGGUCUGAUCCACUCUCUGGCAUCAAGGGAUACCAAAAUAACGCCGUUCGUGGAGUCAGUGUUGUUUUUGGGGAACAGGCAGUCAAUGAGACUUGUCAGAGAUUGGGUUUGGACUACAUUGUCAGAGCUCAUCAGGUAGCUGAUAUUAUAAAAAUCCACAUUCGGUGUCCUUUAGAUCAUGUUCAAUGGAUACGCACUGUUCGCCAACCGAAAGUUGAUCACCAUCUUUUCGGCCCCAAAAUAUUGCCUUGAGAAGGUAAAUUAAUUACUUUCUUUUAAUUUCAUUAAUUUUUAGAACAGUAAGGCCGUGGUACUGGUCCUGAAUUCCAAAAACAAAAUAAGUUUUGUGUUUGUGGCGCCAGUUGAAUCAAAAACGGCGGGAGAAAAGAUCUUUAAGAGGGACUACAAGGCCCUGGAAUAUGAACAAGUGGAGGCGACAAACGAUCUGAAGGACAACAAAAAGAACGAUGAAUUAUCCGAGCCGACUCGAGGUACCAGUUCCAACAAUCCGUCGAUGGGCAGCAGCGAAACUGAAAAGAGUGCGAAGAAUCCCAAAUAG